AUAUCAACUUAUUGCCACUAACUGUUACCACUACCAAACUUAUCAUAAGGCGAGAGAGUUAAUACUGUGUUUUGUUUGUCGCUAUAUUACAAUAAUUUAACUAACUACUAACCUAUCCACUUCCUUGGGUAUUAAAUGUAGGCCUCCAUAAUACAUAGAAAAAAAUUUGUUUGUGAGCAGGUACGUGAAUUGAAUUAAAUCAAGCAACAGCUACCCAACGAGGAAGGGAGAGACAAGAAUGACAUCAUCAUUAACUUAAUCAUUCUAACUAACAUUACUACUGCCAAUAUUACGAUAUAUAUAUCAUAUAUUCUUCAUCAAUCAUCAAGUAAAUAUAAUAUCCCCACCAAGGGCUUUCGCUGGCCACAAAGGAGAACUUUGCUUUUAACCGGAAACGAGUUAGCAGUUCAAAGUGAAUUAGUAUAAACCCAGUGUAAAGACUAGACUAUUAUAUCAAGUGUGUAAAAGAAGAAUAAUCAUUAUUAGUUAUCACAAUUAUCGGUCAAGUGUCAUCUAAUCAUCAUCUCAUCUACAUAUUGCACUACCGACCGACUCGACUCCAGAUUUUAUCUUUUAUAAAAACGGUUCCAACUCAGCUUUACUAAACAAGCCACCAACCAAUUCCACAAUUGGAUUUAAAUAUCAGUCAGUAUCAAAGUGAAGUAGUUGUUCGUAUAAUCUCAGCAACCUUAGCCCACACAAAGCAUACGUAAUACAGCAUGCACAUUUGACAACAUAAAACUAUCUUGCCCAGUUUAAGUACGAGACAUUCUUGGAAAAUUAGCAGUCUCAACGGUCUUCAUUCUUCAACCAAUCUCUCACGAAACCCGAAAGCAUAUUAUUUAUUACGUACGACUGGAUAGAAGAGUGGGCCGCGUUUUUAUUUAUUCCAUAUGAACACAGGCAGCAGCUGAAAAAACCGAACAAUCUCCAAUUUCUCUCGAAUGAAAAUAGUUUGGAUAAGAUUAAGUAAUUUUAAUUGAUUGAGGGUGGUCGUAAGUUAUCGACGUUCGUACAUUUUGUGGUGCCAUGCGCUUGCACCUCUUCACAUGCUGAUCAACCUCAAGGAAGAAGGAGGAAACCAGAAGUGUUGGCGACGAGGGAGGUGUAGAGAAGUAAAGGUGACGAAAUGGUUAACGACUCUCCAACCGUUCUCGAACGAGAACGGUAUCACGACGACCGCCAUCACCAUCAUCGCCAAUUCCCAAGGAAAUUGUGCGACAUGGAUAGGGACAAGCAGCAGCGAAACGGUGUAAUUUUCUCCAACGGACAUGGCGACAGAAAUCUUCGCCUGGUCGACGACAAAGUAAUUACCAGUAAGGAUAAGGAUAAGGAUAAAGAAGAGAAAGUGACGACAACAGAGACGACGACAAAUGGGCACGAGACAUGCUCAAACGGCAGCAAGGACGACGAGCUGACAAAAUUGAGCUCAGAGGACUCUAGUAAUGGUUCAUCGUUGGUUGCUCAUCGCCAGAAAUCUGCAACCUUGACGCCCAGCAGUACUGGUGGGAGUGGUGAGAGCAAUGGUGAUAGUAGCUUUAAACGCUUCUCUCCUGCUUCCUCUGGGAGUCAAAAUGCUUUCAUGUACAAUGCGAGGAACAAUUUACGCCGGUCCUUUACUCUGCCAAGAGGCCUUCUGCUCAGGAAGAGUGGACAAACGGGUCCAGCCUCGGAAAACCAGAAUGGAAACUUUGUUCGAAACAUAUUCUUGACACUUGUACGAAGUAAAAGUGUACGGAAGAAAUCUCAAGUGGUGCAGCAACAACAAGUCGAAGCGAUCGACCUGGUUUCUGAAACUCAAGAUCCGCCCAGCAAACUCCAUGGACUUCCUCCAGGCUUUAUCCCUGCUGCUGUCGGACUAAAGAACCAAGGGAAUACAUGCUUCAUGAACAGCAUAGUUCAAUGUCUCUCUCAUACCGACUCGUUAGCAAGGUACCUCGUUGCAGACAAUUACAAAAUUGACCUCAGGAAGAAACAUUGGAUUAAAAAUGGAAAGAGCGAGGUUACAGAAGAGUUGGCAUCAAUCUUGAAGAAUAUGUGGCUUCGACAAAAUGUGACCGUUCUUGAAGAUGGGGUUACGAGAUUUAAAUCAGCUGUGGAAAAGGGGGCAACUCAAUGGCGAGGUUCAGAGCAGCAUGACGCCCAAGAAUUUUUCCUAUGGUUAUUAGAUAAACUUCAUGAAGAUUUGAAUCAAGCUUCUUCCAAUAAAUAUAAACAGUUAAAGAAUAAUUUUGGACGACCAGAAGAGCAGGUUGCGGCUGAAGCCCUCGCAAAUCAUCUUCGAUGCAAUAAUUCCAUUAUUCAGGACAUUUUUGGGGCUCAUUUCCGUUCAAGUCUAACUUGUCCUGGAUGUGGAAAGCAAUCAGCAACAUUUGACCCGUUCCUUUCCGUUUCGCUGCCCAUCCCUCAAGCAAAACACGAAGUUCCCGUGUACGUCAAUAUCAUUUAUCUUUCUCAACAACCUCGACAGGUAAAGUUGGGAUUGAGCUUGAGCUCUUGUGCGGACAUUAAAGAGUUAAAACUACUUUUGGCAACCGAUACCAAUAUAGAGGAAAAUGACAUUCUACUGAUUGAGGUCGAUGGGGAAGGAUUCCACAGAACUUUCACUGAAACUCAAUUAGUAUCGUCCCUCGCUAGUAACGAGGCCCUGUACUGCAUUGAAACCCCUCAAAUUCGAGAAACAACUGAAAGUGACGGAGCGUUCCUUAUGAUUACUUGGACAAAUUUACUUGUUACGGAUGACGAAAAAACAAAAGUUAGAUUUGGAAGUACAUAUGUUACUCAGAUUGCAAGAGAAACAGCUUUUGUGGACCUCCAAAAAGUUUUACUGAAAGAGAUGGCAGCCAUGCUGCAACCUGGCGUAUUGGUAGCAGAACAGAAGGACCCUGUGUUCAGUAUUCGUAUUCUUGACGGAAGUGCGGAAGGGUCAUUGGUGGAUCCUCUGGUAGAGCACCCGUUGUAUAUGGAAGCUGUCGACCAUGCCCUCUCUUUAUGCGACGAAGGAGUCCCUUCACAUAUUAAAAUUCAUCUUGAAUGGCAAUCUGCAGACAAAGAAAAAAUUAUCGGCGACGAUUCAGAAAGUGUAGAGGAACAUGCAAGCAUUGCCAUAACCCGACAGCGGCAUGCGGAAGAAGCUGUUGGAUCUGUGACCCUUGGCGAAUGUUUUGAUUUGUACACCUCUGCCGAACAAUUAUCUGCCGAAGAUUCUUGGCACUGCCCCCAUUGCAAUAGAAAAGAGCAAGGCACAUUAAAAAUGAUUGGGCUAUGGACGGCACCUCAAGUUCUCGUAGUUCAUUUGAAAAGAUUUCGACAAACUGCUAAAGUACGAGUUGCAGCUACCAAGAUCUCUUCAGUGGUUGAUUUUCCUGUUGAUGGGCUCGACCUUGGACCACACGUUACUGCACCUAGAGCAAAAUUUACUGAGAACGGAAUAGUUAAUGGAUCACUUAAUCCCGUCUCGUCACCUAUUAACGGCUGCUUUGGUCUUGGAAUUGGAAAUUGGAAACAUCGGUCUUUCAAAAAGCAAAUUGUUUCUUCCACAAUGACCAAUAAUAAGACUGCAACUGGGACUGUUCAAAAUGGUAGUAGUGGUGAGGAUGGCAUGAUCUAUGAUUUAUACGCAGUGUGUAAUCAUCAUGGUAAAGACAUGCUGGGAGGUCACUAUACUGCCUACUGUAAAAAUCCAGUAGACGACAGUUGGUGGUUGAUGGACGACACAAGAGUAUCAAAACUUGCCUCACCUUCAGAAAUUAAAACGGCUUCGGCCUAUAUUUUAUUUUAUACAAAACGUGCUAGUGGUGGUUCAACUCCAAAUAGUGAAUCCACCUUUCCUCCUCCAUUCAGCCAUACACAACAUUGGUGCAAACCUCUCAUCAAAAAAUACCACAAAGUUCCACCUCUGCCCAGGGACGUUGUCCAUGUAGGAAAGGAAAAUGGCGGAGUUGCGACAAACGUUGAACUAUCUUCACAUCCUUCUCCAAUCAAAGAAGAUUCCGCUGAUACCACUACAAGUACCACUACUUCUACUGCCACCACCAUUACAACCACUCCUGAAAGUCAACCACCGUUAGUUAAUGGUUACCACAACAAUUCAUCAACCACGCCUAGUACUAAUGCAAUUAAUGGAGGAUCAACCGCCCCUCUAGCGAGAAUGGAUGACGUAGGUGUAAAUGUCUACGUUGAAGAUCUACAGAUUGAAAGCACAGUGUAGUAGUCAGUUUGGGUUGAAGAAUGUUAAUAAGAAAUUAUAUUUUUUUAUGAUGAUUAAUAUGUAGCGAUAAAUAGCAAAUGCAACUCCUUUUUGAAAUGAUAUUUAACUUGAAUUUGUAAUCUGUGCACUUUGCUCAAUACGCCUCCUAUAUCUGUGCUGCUAACUGAAAUUGUUGUGAAGCCUCCUAGGUCAAACAAGAUGAUGAAUCUGUGUUAUUACAAAUGAUCUUAUAGAGUGACGAAAAGGUCAAUAAUAUAUAACGUAGCUACUUAAUGUGCUACUACAUACACGUUGUUGUUACCUUUUACGCUGAUAAGUAUAUGAUGACGACAAGCUAUUUGCUAGUUAUACCUACAUAUGAGACCAUAAUAUGCGAUGGAACAAUUUAAUUAUUUAUAAGUAGUUGAUGGGGUCUCUUUUGUUUAGAAUUUCAUUGUUUAUAGCUUUUGCUGUAAUACAUAUAUACAUGUGUACCAAUAUAAUUGUUUGUUUUCGUGAUAUUCCAAAAGUUAAUUUGUUUAAAGUCAACAACAACAACUAUAUGCAACAAUACCAAAUUUUUAACGUGAGAUUGACAUGACACGAUAUGAUUACAAUGUCAGAAAGUAUGAUAAUCUCUAAAAAAAAUACUACAAUUGACCUGAAAGUAAAUUCGACUGCUACAGAAGCCUAGUAUUAGUAUUCAUGUUAUUGCCUUUAUCGUCAUGUGUGGUACCA